GUGGCUUAAAACUUCAUCACAUGAAGUUUAUCAAUGUAAAAAUUUAAUCUUAAAGAUGCCCCAAACCAGGAAUCAACUAAGAGCCCUGGAACAAACUUCAUCCGAAACAUUUUCAAAGUAUUUCAGUUCAAAAACUUCUCGACUUAAUGAAGAAAAAGUCUCUUUAUCUGUUAAAAACAAUGAGAGUAAGAGUAUAUUUAAAGAAACAGAACAGACCUUAACCAAAACAGUUACCAAGAGUACUUUUGAAGAAAAUGUGACCAUAAAUAAAUCAUCUAAAAAACCGCUCUCUAAUUGGGAAGAAGUGUAUCAAAGAAUAAAAGAUUAUCGAAAAACUUCAAUUGCACCUGUAGAUGAUAUGGGUUGUGCAAAAUUGGCUGAAAAACCAGGCACAAACAUUACUCCUCAAACAUCGAGAUUUCAGUCGUUGGUAGCAUUGAUGCUUUCAUCACAAACCAAAGAUCAAGUUACAGCAGAAGCAAUUCAAAAUCUUCGCCAAAAACUUCCGGGAGGAUUAACUCUGCAAAGCGUUUUACAAGUUGACGAAAAAUUUUUAGAUCAAUGUAUUUCAAAAGUUGGAUUUCAUAAUAAAAAGGCAAAAUAUAUUAAAAGUGCAGCAGAGAUCUGUCAAGAAACAUAUGGUGGAGAUAUUCCAAAUACUGUAGAAGGAUUAGUUAAAUUACCGGGAGUUGGACCCAAAAUGGCUUAUUUAUGUAUGCACACAGCAUGGAAACAGAAUGAAGGUAUUGGAGUUGAUGUUCAUGUACACAAAAUUGUUAAUCGCUUAGGAUGGUGUAAAACAGAAAAGAAAGGUCCGGAAAAUACUAGACAGGCAUUGGAAUCAUGGUUACCAAGAGAACUUUGGCAAGAAAUUAAUCCAAUGCUUGUUGGAUUUGGCCAAACUGUAUGCAUAACUAACAUGCCUAAAUGUGCAAAUUGCCCAGUAAAUGACAAAUACAGCUUUAGGGAAACCGUUUUAUACUCUAUCCCAUUGGCUGAAAUUGAAGCGUUGACUCAAGAUGUAAAAAACAAUGCAAAAGUAGAAAUUAUGAUAAUUAUGAUAAUUAUGGUGCAACAAAGGUUACAAGAAAUACGAAAGUGA